CAUGUGAAGUGAGAUGGAGCAGCAGCAGCAGUCGGAGGAGGCGCCGCCGACCCUGACAGGGUAGCCUUUCAGGGUAGCCAUGUGCAACUUGACAGCGUCGAACAACUCGUCCAACUGUUCCUUGGCAGGCGGGUCGCCAGGAGGAGGGGAAGAGGAGCACCCAAACAAUUACUGGGCACUGCUGGCCCUGGCCCUGGUGGCGGCCACCGCGGCCGGCAACAUCCUCGUCUGCCUGGCCAUCAGCUGGGAGCGGCGCCUGCAGAACGUGACCAACUACUUCCUCAUGUCGCUGGCCAUCACCGACCUGAUGGUGGCCAUUCUGGUCAUGCCACUCGGCAUCCUCACUCUGGUGCGAGGGUUCUUCCCGUUGCCGAGCGAAUACUGCCUGGCGUGGGUGUGCCUCGACGUGCUCUUCUGCACGGCCUCCAUCAUGCACCUCUGCACCAUCAGCGUUGACCGCUUCCUCAGCCUGCGCUACCCCAUGAGAUUCGGACGCAACAAGACCCGUCGGCGCGUCGUCCUCAAAAUCCUAUUCGUCUGGCUCCUCUCCGUCGCGAUGAGUUUGCCGCUCAGCCUCAUGUACUCGCAGGACCACAGUUCCGUGCUGGUGGAUGGAACGUGCCAAAUUCCGGAUCCGCUGUACAAGCUGAUCGGCUCCAUUGUGUGUUUCUACAUUCCACUGGGGGUCAUGCUGCUGACCUACGCGCUCACCGUGCGCCUGCUUCACGUCCAGCAACGCAAUCUGGGAAUGGGCACCACCACGACAGGCAGCGGAGGUGGAACGCCCGCAGCCGCCCCGACCGCAGGAAGUCAAUGGGAGAGCAACUGGUAUUCAACAGCCUCGACUUCUGCUGCUCACCACAUGCAGGCUAUGCAAAUUCAAACGCCACCCAUAUCGGAUCGACGCCGUUCCACUUGGCGCCGACUUCUUAGCAAAACGCACUCAGGCAAUUCCUCCUCAACGACAGACACGGAACUCACGGAGCUCAGCAUGCUGGCGGCCGGACCCCAGCCUCCUCCGGCCCCUGGAACUCUGGACCCCGGUGACCUUUGGCUCCAAGAGGCACCCCUUCCCACACCUGUUACAAUAACUGCUCUGCAUCGCUUCGGAACAGAAAUGCUCCGGCUAUCUAAGGGUUUGGAAACGUCCCGGCCAAGCAAUCUGAACCACUGGAGUGAAGGAAACUCAGAGGAGCAGACAAGCUCCGAGAUGAAGGGUGAUGGCGAUUUGGAAAAGGAUGCCGAAGGAAAACCGCAAGCCAAGGAUGGCCCGAGCACAGGUGAGGGGUUCUCUACUUCAAACGCAGCGUCAGCUCCCGAGGAAUUCCCACCAAUUGCACCGUGCACCUGUCCCUACUUUGGCAACACCAAGAACAGACGCCCCCCACCCACUGCUCAACCCGAACUAGUAAUAGUGCCAAGUCCUCGCAGGGCUAUUUCCUCCCCUAGCAACCUGCGCAACCAGGUGCAAGUGUCCUGGAGCGACAAACGUGGCGUGGUUUCGUCAACAGUGGCGCCGCCACAGCAACAGGCGCAGACGACGCCACUGCUGCGGCGAGCAGUCACCAUGCGCUACUCCGGAGGACACAGGGCUGCCAACCUGACCGACUCGCCCAUGUUGCAAACACGAGCUAAUAGUGUUCGGCCACCUCACAGUCGCCAGAGCAGCGUUUCUCGCAACUCGAGUCGCCACGGACGCAUCCUGAGGCUCGAGCAAAAGGCCACCAAAGUCCUGGGAGUUGUGUUCUUCACCUUUGUGGUUCUGUGGGCACCUUUUUUCGUUUUGAACCUGGUGCCAGCGCUGUGCAGCGAGUGCGAAAGACACAUUAGUGUUGGGGUUUUUGACUUUGUCACGUGGCUAGGGUACGCCAGUUCCAUGGUGAAUCCCAUAUUCUAUACAAUUUUUAACAAAGUGUUCCGGCAGGCAUUCAAGAAGGUUUUAUUGUGCCGGUACCGACGAAGGGUAGUGAAAUAAAAUGUAAUGUUGCAUCUCACCAUAUAUUCUAUGUUUGACUGUUUACGUGUGCAAACGCAGAUCUCAUAAAAACCUGUUAGCCAAGCACACAAAUCCUUCGUUUUGUGUUUAGAGUAAGAAGAUAUAUUGUAUGUUAUAUUUACGUGUCAGUAGCAUUUAAUAAUCUACGCAAUUUCUUGUAGAAUUUCCGUUGGAUAAUAAUUAUUAAAAAAAAGGCAAGAGUAUAAUUGUGUCCAGGUGUUAAAAAUAUCAUUCCCAAAAUCUAGCUUAGGUCCGGCUUUUUGUGAUAACAAGUUUUGAUGUAUACAAAAGUGACACAUCCGAGCAAUUUAGAAUCCGCCGCAAGUCUGACUUGCUGAUCCAGAGAAGUAGGACAUUUUCAAUCAUGUGAGGUGCCGCCUGCGUGAUAAGAUUUGCUAAUGUGCUCCCUCAGUAAGGCAAUUAUAAACGUUAAGUCGAAAAAUUGGUAAAAAAAGAGAGAAUAUUGAAAUUGUCUUGUUUCAGUGUUGAAUGCGUAAUAAAAUAUUUCCAUUAUA